UUAGGUACUAAAGUUUUUAGCAAAAAAAAUCGAUUUUUACUAGACAUUAAAAAAAACCGUUUAAAGUGAUAUAAAUUUUGUUAUGGAUUAACUUCAACGAGUAUUUGUUUAAAUGAUGUAUACUUUGUAAUUGGUUUUAGUUAACGAGGUUAUGUUUCUCAAAAAACAAUGUCAAAAUAUUGUAAGUGCGAUAAUACAAGUAUUCAUUACGCGCUAUACAUAUAGAAACGAACAUUGCUUUCAAUGUACUAUACUUUGAGUAAUGCCAACUCCUACAGAAUGUUCCCCUUAGGACUAACUUCAAACACCUCUAAAUAUGGAUUUGAAAACCCUACCGUUUUGAGAGAGAUAAAUGGCUCGGAUUCAGACGAACACACUGUAGUGUUGCCUUUGAAAAGACCCCAGAAAAUAAACCCAAAUAUUCAAAAAACUGGUGAGAAAAAACAGAAAGUUGUUAUUGAAAAAAGUGAUAGUAGCGAGGACGAUAAGCCAAAAACAACAACAUUGUCAGUAGUACAACAAAGAGAAAAUGCCACAGCAACAUAUGAACUUGAUACAGAGAGAGAUAAAGAUGCUCAAGCAAUAUUUGAAAAGGCACAAAAGAUAAAUGAGGAGUUGGAAGGACAGGCCGAUGACAAGCUUUACCGUGGUAUAAAUAAUUAUGCCCAAUACUACAAAAAGCGAGAUACAGCAGCGGGGAACGCUAGUUCGGGUUUUGUGAGGAAAGGUCCAAUACGAGCACCCGCUAACUUAAGAGCUACAGUUAGGUGGGACUAUCAACCUGAUAUAUGUAAAGAUUAUAAGGAGACGGGAUUUUGUGGUUUUGGAGAUUCCUGUAAAUUCCUCCACGACAGAUCUGAUUAUAAACACGGUUGGCAACUGGAGAGAGAGGAUCUGCAGACGAAAGAAGAUUCGGACUAUGAGAUACACAGUGAUGAGGAGCUGCCGUUUAAGUGUUUCAUAUGUAGGGAGAGCUUUAAGGACCCAGUCGUUACUAGGUGUAAACAUUAUUUUUGCGAAAAGUGCGCGUUGCAACAAUACAAGAAGUCCCAAAGGUGUUUUAUAUGUAACGCCCAAACUGGGGGAGUUUUUAAUCCAGCGAAGGAAAUAGAAGAGAAGAUGAAGAAUAUUGAUGAUGAUGAAGAUGAAGAUGAUGAUUGAUUAUACUUUAAAUAUAUUUUUUACCUGUUCACACGAAAA